GCUAUGGCAGUGAUGGAUGUGUUCGGGGGGUUAGAUAAAGAUAUUGAAGGAUCUAGCAAGAGGUGGAAGAAGUGGGUGAACUCAGAAUGUCCAGAAAAGGAAAAGCUCCCACAGGAAUGGAUAAACAAAAGCUCUCUUCAGAAACUAAUCGUACUGAGGGCUCUCCGUCCGGACAGAAUGACGUACGCUCUUAGGAACUUUGUGGAGGAAAAGAUUGGCUCAAAAUAUGUGGAAAGCACAAGGAUAGACUUAGCAAAUUCCCGUGAAGAGAGCAGUCCAGCCACUCCUGUGUUUUUCAUUCUGUCUCCAGGAGUAGACCCACUUGAACAUCUUGAGACACUAGGCAAAAAGCUUGGGUUCACUAUAGACUCUGGAAGAUUUCAUAACAUCUCUUUAGGACAAGGGCAGGAGAUGGUGGCAGAGGAGGCACUCGAGAAGGCUACCAGACAUGGCCAUUGGGUUCUUCUCCAAAAUAUUCAUCUAGUAGCCAAGAGGCUAGGAGCUUUGGAAGAACUCCUCGAGCAAUACAGAGAAGAAAGUCAUCCUGAUUUCCGUGUCUUUAUUAGUGCUGAACUAGCUCCAACCCCAGAAGAGCACAUCAUUCCUCAAGGAAUAUUGGAACACUCGAUUAAAGUUACCAGUGAAUCUCCUACAGGGAUGCUGGCUAAUUUACAUGCUGCACUCUACAAUUUUGACCAGUAUACCCUUGAACAGUGUACCAGAGAAGGGGAAUUUAAAAGCAUCCUUUUUUCUCUGUGCUAUUUUCACACUUGCGUUGCUGGGAGACUGAAGUUUGGCCCUCAGGGCUGGAAUGGAAGGUGCCCGUUCAGUGCUAGAGAUCUCGCCGACUGCAUCACUGUCCUCUGCCGCUGCUUGGAGACCCAUGCGAAGGUUCCAUGGGAAGACUUGCAUUACCUCUUUGGUGAGAUCAUAUAUGGUGGCCACAUCACCGAUGCCCGGGACCGCAGGCUCUGCUGUAUAUAUCUGCAAGAAUUCAUCAGCCCACCUGCG